CUCAUUCUCUUCAUCAAAACCGCAGAGAGAGAUAAAUAGAGAGAGAGAGAGAGAGAGAGAGAGAGGGGGGGAGGGAGGGAGGGCCCUAUCUUUCAUCACAGGUUCUUUGCUUGAUCUUCGUCACAAUUCUUAACUAUAUUAACACGAAGACAACUCAAAACAGCAACAGAUUCAAAUAUUACAAUCCACUUCACCUGAGAAUUGAAGUCCUGUUGUUGAAUUUCUUGUAGAAGCUGAAUUCCGCGGAAAUAUUUGACAUUCAGAUCAAAGAAUUGCGUACACAAUAGCGUGAAUACACUUCUGAGUUUCAAGAGGAGAAGUCGCAAACACAGUGGCUUCAUCUAACUGCGCUGCUUCUACUGGAUCUGGCCAGCUAAUUUGAAUCCGUAAAGUCUGACUCUGGUUUCCCGCGAUCUAAGCGAAGAACGGGAUGUCAGUUAUAUAAAAUUGCCACGACUAAAUCGAUCGGAAUCUGAGAAGCAAAAUCUCCAAAUUAAUCUUCCUUGAGACGCGGAGAUGGAGUUUUCUCAACCCCGACCCUGUGGAGCCCAAGGUGCUAAGCCCACGCAUGACUUUCUUUCACUUUAUUCACCUCCCCAGCAAGAUCCUACCCCCAGCAUUCCCGGUGGUUUCCUUAAGACUCACGACUUCUUUCAACCAUUGGAUCAACAAGUUGAGAAAGAAGGAAAUAAGUUUGACCAUAUUCUUCCUGGGGGAAUAGCGACAUACAGCAUUAGUCAAAUAUCAUCGUCAUCUUACUCAUACAUGAAUAUGAAUCAAAUUCAAAGCCAAAAGGUAGUUCCAAAGGCUGAAGGGGUUGAGAUAUCGGGUGCACAAUGUCAAUCAAGUAGUAUCAAUAAUAACAAUGAUGAAAACUCAAACUGCAGUUCUUACACAGGGAGUGGUUUCACGUUUUGGGAAGAAUCUAAUGUAAACAAGGGUAAAUCGGGAAAGAUUGGAAUGCCUUGGAUGACGUCACAUUCUAAAGCUGUUAACACUGGUGAAAAGCCCAACAGCCCACGCUCAAAGCACUCUGCUACAGAACAGCGUAGAAGGAGUAAAAUCAAUGACAGAUUUUCGAUGUUGAGAGGAAUCAUCCCUCAUGCUGAUCAAAAGAGAGAUAAGGCGUCAUUUUUGUUAGAGGUUAUUGAAUACAUUCAGUUUCUACAAGAGAAGGUGAACAAGUAUGAGGAUUCAUACCAAGGAAGGAACAACAAACCUCCAUUGAACAACAUACCAACUGAUGAACCACAACUUCCAAACGGCAUAAUAAGCGUUUCAACCAUGUACUCUCAAGGAAUAUCUAGUGCUCUAACACAAGCGUUAAAGAGUUCGGGUGUAGAUUUGUCAAAGGCCAACAUCUCUGUGGAGCUUGAUCUUGGAAAGAGAUCAAGCACCAAUCUGAAGGAGAAUGAGAGCCCUUCCAUUGAGGAGAGUGGUGAAGGGUUGAAGAGGUUGAAGAGGAGGAGACAGUAAAAGUUGGUAUAACAAAUUCAAUUAUUUUGAUCAUUUGUUAAGGGGUCCUUUUUUAACAUAUUGACGAUCAUUUAUGCAUUAUUUUGUCUUCAAAGUAUAUUGUACAUGUGCUUUUUCUUUCCUUUUUUUAAAUUUUGUCUUGAUAGAACUGUAUUAUUAAGAUGAUUGGGAGAUGAAGAAAAUAAUAGACUUAUAAUUUUUAGUGGAA